UACAGCCGACGUACAGCCGCCACCGUCGUUGCCGCUACCGCCGGCGCGCGCGGUCGCUGGCGGUCGGUCGCCCUCCCUCGUACAAACCGCGAGAGUCGCGCUCGACGUCUCGCGUGGCACCUGCCGACCUCGACCAGUGACGAUCGUUUGUCGUUCGUUCACGUGCCACAUUCAUUUUUGGCCGCGCUUACGUACGUACGUACACACACGCACACAGAUAUACAUCAGCAUAUACACUCACAUACAGCGUCGUGGAACGCGCGGCGAUCGCGCGACUGAUCGGCUAGUGAGAGGGCUAAGCGUUGUCGUUCCCGAUCGAACCCGAUCGAUGCCGCCGUCAUUUUCACGCAGGAUCGGCAACAUUCCGCGCGAAAUUGGCGCGAGGCGGUCUUGCCGUCGGCCGUUGGUGUCACUCGCGUAUCACAACAGGGCGAUAGCAACACGCCCGGCGAUCGCGUAUCGAUAAUCGAGCUGUCGCGAUCGAGAUCGGCAGAAUAGAAUAUAGUGCCGCGAGUCGUCGGGUUGUCGCGCCACGCGCCGCGCGCGCGUUACGCGCCUCGCGAUUGGAGGAGUACACGAGAGGCUGCCUAGAGCGGUACGAUCGGAGUGUGUAACACGGCGAGGCUGGAUACGACGACGUCGCGUCGGUACCUCACGGCUCGUACGAUGAGCGACGGUAUCGUCGGUGCGAUCGCGAUCAGUUUGUUCGGCGGCGAGAAGAAGCGUCGGGUCAGUAUGGACGCCGGUUAUUCCGUUCUCAGUAGCGAUCUCGAAGCCUGCAGGAUGUUCGACCAGUACUCCUAUAAGAGGAACGACAACUUCGACCUGUCCUUGAACGUUCCGCAGCACCAUCAAACAUCGUAUCAUCACGACGGCUACAACAUGUCCGACCAGACAUUUCACACGCCGAGCUUCGGCGACGAGGACUUCGAUAUACCGGCUAUUCAUCCCCAUUCGCAUCAGCAACAACCGCAGCAGCAGCAGCAUCAUCAGCAGCACGAUCCCAUGCACGCGUAUCAGCCGCAGAUGAUGCAAGGUAGCGGUAUGCAGCAAUCACCGGACGGUCUGAGCCUGGACGCCGGUGGUUAUCAGCAACAGCUCUAUCUGCAACAGGAACAUUCGAUGCAACCGAUCAAUGUCAGCUCGGCAUACGGCAGCUCCCAGAGCUCGUACGCGACGAUGAGCUCACCGCGCCAGCAACAGCACAGCGGACAACAGCUGAUGAUGCUGCAGCAGCAGCAGCAACAACAACAGCAGCAGCAGCAACAGCAAGUGCAGAUGCAGCACAUGCAGUACAUGCAUUCUCAACAGCAGCCGCAGCCGCAGUUGCAGCAACAGCAACAGCAGCAGAUGCAGUACAGGAGUCCCACCGGCGGCAGUCCGACCGCCAUGCAGGCCAAUAGUAUCCCGGAGGCGAACAACAACACCACGACGAGCGAGGACAGCGACGACAGCACUCCGCAUUCCGGGAUGAUCACAGUGAUGAAACGACUGUCGCCGGAGCCGGCCGACGCCGGGGCGAAGAACCAAAGGAAAACGAAGCCGCAGAAGAAGAAGAAGAAGAGAGACCCCAAUGAGCCGCAGAAACCGGUGUCGGCGUACGCCCUCUUCUUUCGGGACACUCAGGCGGCGAUCAAGGGGCAAAAUCCAACCGCCACCUUCGGCGAGGUGUCCAAAAUCGUGGCGUCGAUGUGGGACGCGUUAGAAACCGAGCAUAAAAAUGUUUACAAGAAGAAGACCGAGGCAGCCAAGAAGGAAUAUCUGAAGGCGCUCGCAGCAUACAGGGCGUCCUUGGUCAGCAAAGGCGCGAGCGAGAACGAACAGCAACAGCAACCGCAGCAGCAACAGCAGCAGCAACAGCAGCAGAUGCAAUACAGCGGAUACUCAGGUUACGCCAGUAACGCUGCUGCCGGGAAUGUAACAUAUCAGGUCUACAGUCCACAGCAUCAACCGCCGUCGCCUCAGCAGCAGCACCAACAGCAGCAACAGCAGCAGCAGCAGCAGCAGCAGAUGGCUAUCAAUAAAAAGUCGCCGCAUCACUUGGCGAUGCAAGGAAAUCCUCAACAACAGGGUUUAAUGGGCAACGUAAUGGCGCCACCGCACAUGACGCAACAGCAACAGCAGCAUAUGCAACAGCAGGUUUCCCAGCAACAGUAUAUGCAGGUGCCGCAGCAACAGCAGGUGCAGGUGCAGCAGCAACAGCAGCAACAAAUGAUACACAUGAGUCCACCGAGGGGAGAAUUUAUCAAGUCCGACGAGACUAUGUCGAAUUCAUCGCCCGUGAAUCCUUCGCAAGUAACUAUGACGGGACAAAGGCCACCGCCACCUUGUAUACAUCACGGCUGUCCCAAUCCUGCUAUAUCCAAUAACGAAUGGGAGGACGAAUACUGCAGUAACGAAUGCGUGGUUAGCCAUUGCAGGUUUGCAGAUGUAUUCAACACGUGGGUAUCUUCAAAUCAAAAUCCUCAGCAAAAUUACUCCACAGUGAAAUAAGAGUUCUGCAAGAGAUGGACUGUGCUAAUCGACUACUCAAUGGCCUCACAGCUUAAUGGCCCGCUGUUAACCUGUAAAGUAAGAUAUUUAAACGGAUGUGUAUAUAGGCUGGUGAAUGGCUACUUUUUAAAGGAUCAAGACUGUUUGUGCAACAUACAACAUUAGAAACGUUGACGGACAGUCUACGAAUGAAUACGCGAAUAAUGAAUGAUAAAUAUACAGGUGUGUUUUAUGUGAACGAGCGAAUAUACGUUUAUGUGUGUCUGUGUAUGUGUUGUGUAUGUGUCAGCGGAAUAAGUGAGUAUGUGUGAGGGAGGGAGGGAGAGAGGGGAGAGCGAGAGAGCGAGAGAAAGAGAGAAAGAGAGAAAGAGGCGUGAAAAGUGAAGGUAAAAUCGUUUCUUCUUAGAAAGAGAACUUAGGAUGUAUAUUGAAAAGCCUUAUCCAAAAAAACUCAUUACUCUGGCCAAAGGUCUUCGUUUGUAAGGAGUGUAUUGCAACUUGAGCAGUGUAAAAAGUGCGUAUACACUUAUUAGAAAUGAAUCGACAACCACCUGUUUUGUACUCUCAGAGAUAUUCCUUACUGACAGGCAAGGCGUGCCAAUUGUACAGAGACAUAAUCGUACAUUUAUUUCUUUCCUUUUUUUGUUUCUUUUUUUAUUUCUAAUGUUAGAUAGAAGUUGUUUUUUUUUUAAUUUUUUUUCUUCACGAGUUCAUUGGCAAACGUCGCAGAAACUUGCUCUUUUUGAAUUGAAUUGUCUCGAAAGCUGUGUUUCUUAAGACACUUUUGCACUCGUCAUUACGACGUCGACAAAUGACACAGUACAAGUAAUAAAAAAAAAAAAACGGAAGCAGCGCGUGAAACGUGUAAAUAAGUCUGCUCUACGUUCCAACGUGCGUUUCGUUCGCGACGUGAGGGCAAUGAACGAGGAUGAGAGGAGGAGAAGUGGGAAGAGGAGUGAGAGUAAGGAGUAGGAGAAAGACGAGGAUGAAGAGAGGAGGAGGAGGAGGAGGAUUUGUAAUAGUGUGCUGUAUGACGUGACAGUGCCAUGGUCACUAAUUGUCAUGUUUCACUUUAAUACAUAUGGGGUUCUUAUAUAAGAGAGUUUUAGAAGAUAUAUUCGUAUAUACAUACACACAUAUGUCCGAUUAGGUGUUACAUUUUACAUUGUUUCAUUAAUGCGGAUGUGCGUCUCGUUUGAAUUGCCGUUAGACGUAAACGUAAACCGUUUCCGUUUUUGCAAUAUAAUUUCCAGCUGUCACCCGCGCGACGGUACGAGAACUUCGUUCGGAUGGGGAAAAGUCGCGGCUUUCUUUCACGGUCUUGUGUCUCUCAUCUCGUGUAUUGCGUCACGCGUAAUGUCGCCCACCACCACGACGGCGGGAGAAUCUUGAUUCGUUUCACACACACACACACACACACACACACGCGCGCGCGCGCGCGCGCGUACACGCAUAGUAGCCCGAUCUCCGUGUUCAGCUCUCCGCAAGGGAAGUGUUGUGCAUUCCGUCUCUCCGUUCGUGCGACGUGGAAUACAAUUGACUGACGGACACGCGCGAAGCAUCCGUAUUCCGUGUAGUACCGUUCUCUUAGAUAAAAAAAUAGUACGUAUAUAUGUAUAAUACUAAUUAGCCUCUCCGAUUCCAUCGCGGUCUUAAAGGACGCAUAAGAAGUAUUACGCAUACUAGAUUAGAAUCAAUACGAAUAAAACAGGACGAUUACACUGUGCGAUUUAUUUUUAUAUCGAUACUACAGAGCCAAUCAAUAGGUAACAGUACAGUUUUUCAUCUAUAUAAUAAAAUUACGGACGAGCGAGAGCGAAGAGCGGUAAAAUCAGAACGGGUCGUGACAACAUUAAGACAAAACGCGGAUCCGCGAUAUUUUUCUAAAACGCGCGCACCAACCGGACGUCGUCGUGUACAACCGCGAACACGCGCGAUUAACUUUUUCUCCGUAUUGAUUUUUAAUUGCGUGUCUUCUCUGUCAGCGCCUUCCGAACUGUGUAUACCGCCUAUAUGGAUACGACUAGUUACCGAUGUGACGGUUUAGACCGGGCGAAUAGCCGCGUCGUAAUCGGAAUAGGCCGAUCGCGAAUCAAUCACGCGAAAAUCGUCGAGCCCACCAUUGAGUGAGAGAGAGAGAGAGAGAGAGAAUGGCUUGACGAUUUUUAAAUAUAGGAAAAACUAAAAAAGGGGAAAACAUCUCUCGUGCCGCCGCAACGUAUAUAUCCGCUCGUGGAAUCUCGAAUGUCAAGUCGAUGGACACGGGGAGUCGGCGAUAAAAGGUAUAAAUAAGAUAAAGAGGAGAUAAACAGCUCGUACACCCCUCGAUAUUAUUUGAGGGACGACGUGUGUUCUCUCGCUAUCGUGCGAGCCGGUAGUCGGAGAACGGCCCGGUAAAAAAAGUCUCACGCGUUUGCGAUCUCCGGUUGAAAUGCACUUGUAACGUAGGCCUUGAAAUAAACCGGUACAACGUGAAGAAUUCUCUCAUGUACGAAAGGACAGUGAAUAUAUAUAUGUACUUCCGCGCAUUCGAUUCGACAAAUCUCGCGCAAUCUGACGUGCGACAUCGUGCGAGAUCGUGCCUGUGCAUUAGUAGAGGCCGGCAUCUCCCGAACGGCAGUUCGUCCGAACGGACUGAUUUCGUUUUAUUCUUUUCUUCUUUCCUUUCUUUUCUUCUUUUCUCUCUUUCCUUCUUUUUCUUCUUCCUUUUCCCUUUAUACGGAAAUCAUCAGAAAACAUGUUUUUAAUAUCCUUAUGUAAAUAUACGAGAUAUAUUCUCUGUAGGUUUAUAAGUUAUAAUGUAAACAUAAUCGAUAUAUUGUAUUAUAUUAAUAAUAAUACAAUUUGUGGUAUAUA